CGUCGUUGCACACGCCAUUUUGGGACCGCAUGGAGCCACUCGGGGUGCACGUUGUGGACGACCACCACCACGUGCUCGAGCCCAUUCACCGCGCCAUUCGGCAGCGGCGCCUGCCCUUUGCCAACUUUACGAUUGUGCAUUUGGACGCGCACGCCGACUUGGCCUUUCCACCGAGUCUUCCGGCGGCGACCAUCUUCUCGCCCGACGCCUUGUACGACGGCCUCGACGCCUCCGAGGCAGGCAUUGCAUCGUUCUUGCUACCAUUGGCGUACGCCGGCCACAUGCACCGCCUCGUAUGGAUCAAGCCACCGUGGGCGACGCAGAUGGCCAUUGGGACGCACGCCUUUGACGUUGGCCAGCACAAAGCGACAGGCUGCCUUGGCGUGACGAGCCACGAGUCGUACUUCAUCGAUGAGAACCUCUACGCGCCACGCGACGCGCUCGACAAGCCAGCGUCGCUGGAGCUCACGGUGGCCGAGCUCCCGGCGGCGCCAGUGCCCGAGGGCCCCUAUGUGCUCGACAUUUGCCUCGACUACUUUUCAACGCUCAACCCAUUUCGCCAAGAUAUUACGCGGGCGAUGGGCGAAGACACGGCGUCGCUCCUCUCUUGUAUCUAUGGCGAUCUCUCCUACAAGAAGAAGACUGUGGAGCUACCGCACAGCACUCGGCUCGAGCACGGCCGCCUCUUUGCAUCGACCAUCAAGACGCUGUUUCGAGAACACAUAUGGGACGACGGCGCCGCCUAUGAUGCCCACAUGGCACCGCUCAUCGACGUGUAUACGCUGUCGCCGACGGCCAUUGUCGAGCAGUUUGCGGCUUUUCGCAAAAUUUUGCUCGCUGCGUCGAGCGACGAGCUGGCUAUGAUGGAGUGGGCGGGACCGUGCAUGGACCUGCCACAGCACAAAGCGUCCGACGACGAGAUUGAGGGUUUGCUUGGUGCCCUCGAGACGUUUUUGACCACAGCUGGUCGCCCGCGGCUCGUGACGAUCGCAGAGUCCAAGGACGACGAGUACACGCCACCAGGCCAAGUCGAGAUGCUUCUUUCGCGCGUGCUGGCACUCCUGGGUCGUCAAUUUGGCGCCCUCGACGUCUCGUACGACGACCAGAACCAACAAGACGCUUCGUAAGCCACACACAUGUAUUCCUUUUGAGCUAGUAGAGGUUGGCGAUGCUCUGGUA